AUGCAAGUAUGGUGUGAUAUGGAGACAGAUGGUGGUGGAUGGACAGUCUUUCAGAAGCGAGGUGAUUUCAUUCCACAAGAAGACUUUUAUCGAACAUGGCUGGAAUAUAAGCGAGGUUUUGGAGAUCUUCAUCGACAAUUUUGGCUAGGCAAUGAUCGUCUGUCAAUGUUGACUAAUCAAGAUCUAUAUCAACUAAGAGUUGAUAUGGAGGAUUUUGAUGGAGAACAACGUUUUGCUCCGUAUUACAGUUUUCGAGUGUCAAAUGAACAGGACAAAUAA